AUGCCGACCAAGGAAGCCGUCCGAGAACCAGCCGCGACGAGAACAAGCUACAGUUUCCCGCAUUCCGAACCGAGAAAGAUGGAGUACGAAGAACCGAUCCGGAUACUAGGAAGGAUGAAGCCACGGUCUCUGCUGGCGUAUGGCACUUCGGCUGCUCUGUGUCGAGAGGAUCGAUCUGAGGCACAUAUCGACCUCGUCAGGGAUACGGCUUUCUAUUUUGUUUGGCACCGAUGUAGGCGCGCUGGAUUAUAUGAUGUUCGAUGGCUGAAUGCUCGAUAUGGAUCUGGCAACGAUUACUCUAUAACAGCGGACGCCAUAUCAGACUACCAUCAAUCCAGAGAUCUCUGCACAGCAUCUCCGGACUACAAGUGA